CUACGGCUCGUUCGCCAGUUCCGGUCACGUUGCUGGGUGUUUACGCCUGGAAGCUACCCCAGACCCCCUUCGGCGCCCCGGAGCCCCCCGGAGCCCCGGCACCACGGCCCCGCAGCCUCGGAGCAGCUGAUGGCGCGGCAGCCGGGGCGGGCGCUGCGGAACCCCGGGCGCAGCUAGCGCGGGGAAGGAGAGCUCCUCCCCCAGCCCGGCCCGCGGACCCAGGGCUCCUCUGGCCUGUCGCUCCCUCCGGUCCUGAAGGUGGGGCCCAGGCCUGGGUUGCCAUGGAUACCGUGUCCCUAGAGCACCAGAUCCAGAGCGUGCAACGCCACAUCAGCUUCCUGAAAAAAGAGCAGAUGGCCCUGCUGCGAGACCUGCACCUGGAAAUCCUGAGGCUGCAGAAACGCUGCUCAGAACUGACCCAUGACCUGGAGAUGCGAGAAGCCCAAUCUCACCAGCAAGAGGCGGCGUCGAGGGAGCUAGAGAGCAGGUGCCGGGAGCUUGAGUCGCAGCUGGCGGAGCGGGCGGCGGCCAACUCCGAGCUUCGGCGGGAGGUGGCGCAACGGGAGGCGCUGGUGUCGGCGCUGCGCUGCAGCUUGCGGGCGGAAGAGCGCCGCUUCCUGGAGGAGCUGCGUCGUCGCAGCCACCGUGCCACCGUGCUGGGCACUGAGCUGCAGAAGCACACCGAGGCGGCCGCCUAUCUCUCCUGCCAGCUGCACGCCGCACGCCAGAGACUGCAGACACCGCGCCCGGGGCCCGGCGCCGCAGCUGAACCCCGACCCCGCCGGCGCGCGCAACGGGCUCGCCGCCCGCCCGCUACGGAGGCCGCCUCCAAGGGCCCCUCCGGCCGGGACUGGGCUUCUUGGGACCGCGCGGCCUGCGCCUUGGACGACACCGAUCCUAUGCCCGACCCCGCGCUCUUCCUCAACGCCCGGAGGCCCCCGCGGCCCAGCGGCCGCAGCCCGCGCCAACCGCCACCCCAGGAGCCCCCGGACCAAGCUGACCCACCGCCUGCGCCCAGUGCGCCCGGGGCCCCGGAGUAGGCGCGGCGCUGGCGGGGCGGCAGGGAGCGGGAGAGGCUGGCUCUUGCAGACAGGGCUUGGGGGGCCGAGGGAGCCGGUCCCUCUUCCAGGCAGCGGGCUGCGACGGCCCCGGCUCUUCCAUCCCUUCCAACCGCCCCCAGCCUUUUGUAUUUCCCAACGUUUUCGAAGCUUCGAGCUCUCCCCUUACGCGAAGGAGCUCCUCUGCGGGGCUCCGCGAGUGCACCUUUUGGGUAGAGCACUCUUAAUACUGAUCGUUAACUGAUCCCCACCCUGCCACUGGGAGGGGAGGGGCGGGGUUCACGCCCCGUCCCGGGAAAACUGACAAUCGUUAGGCGGGAAGGGGAAUGCUGGGCUGUCCUAAGGAAAAGAACCGGAGUAGCACUUAGCACCCCUAGGCCUUCCAGCUGUACCCCUCCCCACCCCCAUCCCAGUCCCCCCGCGGCCUCCCACAGCCCCGCACCGCUGUCCUUCCCUCCAAGCCUUCCUCCUAGGAGAGGCUCGGGUUCAGGGGCUAGAGGCUGGACCUUUCUCCUCGGAGCCGCUUCUCCUCCCCCUAUCCCGCUAAUAGAUCCUUACAGAUGAGCACCUAACACUUUAGAAGACACCUCCUCCCAGAGUCUCUGGUGGGGAAAGUAUAGCCUGAUGGAAGUUUGAACUUCUGGAAGGUAGCGCCACAGGCCCUUAACAUUAUGGGUGGGCUUGGUGGCCAAGCCUAGUCUAGAGCUGUCUCCAACGCAGGUCCCCUACGGGGAGGUGGGCGGGGGGGGACAACUGAGGGAUUUAGACUGGGAGCUGUGCUGGGGAAAUGAAGGACACUCAGGCCUACUGAGGGGCAGAAACGGCCUUCAGGAGGUAGCUAGGAGUCGGAAGGCACCCUGGGAGUUUUCCUAGUCCUGUGUUUUGGUGUUAAUUUCACCCAGCUCCCUCAUUAGCUGGAUGCACCCAGAGGCUGGAGGAAGGGCCUGGCUUCCUGGAAGUGACCAUGGAUAGAGGUUUGAGUUUGCUGGGGAGGAAGUCCCCAGCCUGGCCCCCUCCAGGGAUGUCCCAGUGCUGUCAGACCUGACAGUGGUGGGGUGCCCAGAGCCCUUCUGUCUAGGCUGAGGAGUGGCAAAAGGGAAAAUGGAAUGUCCCACCUGCUGGCUGCCUUUCUCCCCUGCUCUGCUGUCAUGACCAAAGGCAGUUUCCAGUUCAGCUCUGCCCUCACUCCAAGUCCAGCCUAGAAAGAAAGAGAAACCCCACCCGCAAGCCAUCCGUCUGUUGGUCCUGCAGUUCCUGCAUUGAGUCCUAAGUGCCUGUGAGGUGUUCCAGGGACUGCAGAGGGCGGGCAUGGGGGAGGGAGGGGUCUCUCUUUACCUCACUCGCAAACACCCCAUCUUGGCAGGCCCUGACCCUGGCUGAGGCUGAGCCUUCUCUGUGUCACCCAGGGAUCCACGAGAAGAGCAGAGCCAAUGUCUAGGUGAGAUAAGCCCUUCUUGCAUCACAGCCCCCAUGAAGAAGAGGGGCAAUCCCCAAUCAUACCCUCUUUUACUCCAUAUGUUAGAGGGAGUGGGAAAUGGGCCAGAAGCAAAGCCCAGGCGCACAUUCCCAGCCCACACACACACAGUGCCCGCCCCAGCCUGCCACUCUCAGGGCUGCUGAGACCGCUGAGCAAUAACCAGCCUGGUCGAAGUGUCCAGCCACUGGGAUGCAGAGGCCAAGGUAUUGGCACCCUUGGGACAGACAGUGCUGUCCAGUCUAACUUGGACCACAGUAGUGGCCUAGGGUCCUUGCUCCACCUGCCCCUGUCCCUACCCUCCCCAGUCUGUGUCUCCCCUCCAGGGUGUGUAACUCAGUGUACCCUGUCACCCCCCUUUCACAGUGUGACUGGGUGAGGAGGCCUCUCUCAGCUGCACUCACUGGAAGGGCCCAGAGGACUGUGGAAAGGAGGGAAAGGGUGCCUUUCUGGGGGUGCCCACCCAAGCCUUCAUCUUUAUAACCACACUUUUGGGGUGAACAGGGUGACUUUGUUAUGUUGAUUCUUCUUCAGAGAUGGUGAAAUACUUUAGCCACCUGCCCACUAAAAGCCAUAGCUGUCCCCACCUGGCCUCCCCCAGCUCUAUAGCAAUAGCCCUCUUCCCUCUCCCUCCUGAACCCAAGGUGUCCAUCUGGGGACCCUACCAAACCCCACCCCAGGGAUCCUCAGGUGACCCGCCUGCCUCUCCCGAAGUGAUCCUGAUUGGCACCUCCCAACUCCUGUCCCUCUUCCAACAACCAGAGGUAAUGACAGUUCACUGUCUGUGGGGUGCUUGGAGAUCCCCCAGAUGAAAGGCUCUAAGUGCUAGGGCGGCUGACUCAACUCUCCGCCUGGGAAAGGAAAUAAGACAACAACCCUUCCCACUCCACUCAGCAAGCUGGGGCAGAUACAGGAUCCAAUUUUAACAGACAUUCCCUUUUCCCAUCCCUCUCCUGGACUACAGACUCCCCUCUACCCCUCUGCCCUGCCCCAGGUUUGGAACAAAACCCUCAGGGAGCAGAAUGGGACUGGAGACAGUGGCCUGCCCUCAGCUUCUGGCGCCCCCUCCCUUCCCCUAGCCUGGGGGACCCACCCUGCCAAAGGAAGACCCCCCACCAAACUAAGCUUGGAAUGCUUAGGUGACAAGAAGGGAAAGGACUGUUUCUUCAUCCCUCUUCUCUGCACAGAUCCCAUUGGGAGAGGAGCAUGUUGACAUGAUGAUCAGGGGCCCCGGUUGGAGCUCCAGACACACUCCAAGUGUAGACAGACCCAGGAAGGAGAGCUGCAGGUAGGGACCAGUGGGCAAUACCGUGUGAGGGUCUGUGCCCCUGUCUCCCCAUAUCCCACCCACAGUAGCCUGCAGUUUGGGAAACCAGUCCAGGGCUGUUAGGGGGUAGCUCUUCCCCACAUAAGCUGCAGAAUGGAGGCUGCCUUUGUGGAGAGGAAGGAGGCCUAGGGGUGUGGAGCACCUCCUCAAUGCAGAGAGCCGGGGAUCUCUGAGCACUUGCUCAUGGCGGUGCCAGCCUUGAAUGGGAGACGGGCAGGGCAGGGCAAAGGCAUCCUGCUCCAAAUUCUCUGUUGGCUGUGCUUUUUAAUCCAAUGCUUUUCAGAGUGUAUUCACUCACCCACAGAAAUAGAGCCCUGUGCUUUAGGGGUGAUUGUCAUAUGCCUUAUUCUUAAUAAAAUAUCUGAAAAAUCCACAA